CGUAAGAAAGAAUACCUGAGGGCCGGGAGGCAGGAACAGGUUUCUCAGCCGUGGGUUUGGUGGAAAAGGCGUGUGCUCCCGUUCUUAAAGGCAGCCGGACCGGCCAUGAGGGAGGUCAUUGCAGCCCUGAGCUCAGGACCGUUGCAGAUGCGGAGAGAGUCCUCUGGAGUGAGUGACAGCUGUCAGUCUGGAUGGGAGGGAAGCCUUCCUUGCUGGAUCGGCACCAUGCCCUGCUUGGCAAAGGGACCGAGGAGGAGAUGGAAAUAUUUGGCUACAGGACCCAAGUCUUCCGGAGGGCCCUUUGCAUUGCCGGCUACCUCUUCUCCUGUGGAGCCCUUCUGCUCCUCUUCUACUGGAAGCCUGAGUGGGACGUCUGGGCCAACUGCACUCCCUGCGACCUGGAGGAGGCCGAUAUUGUGUUGUUACGGGCAACAGAUGAGUUCCAGAGAUACAAGAGGAAGAAGGUGAUCUCCCUUGACCUGCAGCGUCUUCUGGACAGUGAGAAACCGGAGCAGCUCUUCAGUGAAGACCAGGAAUCUGUCAUCAACAGAGCCAUCGCCAGGCCUGGAGGCAAAGUGAGAUACAUCCAGGUGCAAAAAAUCCGCUACGUCUGGGAUGUUCCCGGAAAAGCCUUCGUCAGAGUUGGGUCGCUUGAGGACAGCAACACUUGCUAUCAGAUACACCAGAAAUUCAGAGAUGGACUCACCAGGAGGCAGCGAGAUCUCAGGAAGUUGGUGUGUGGACCCAACGCCAUCGAAAUCGAAAUCCGGCCCAUCUGGAAACUGCUUUUCAAAGAGAUCCUGAACCCCUUCUACGUGUUCCAAGCCUUCACGCUGACCCUCUGGCUGGCCCAGGGAUACAUUGAGUACUCCAUCGCCAUCAUCAUCCUCUCCAUCAUCUCCAUCGGCCUCACCGUCUACGACCUGCGGCAGCAAUCCGUCAAAUUGCACAACUUGGUGGAGGAGCACAACAAGGUCCAAGUCAAGGUCUGGACUAAACCUGAAGGUGGGCACCAGUCGGAGUCCUGCCACUUGGUCCCGGGAGACGUCCUCCUCUUGGAAGGGCAGAAGCUUUCCUUGCCCUGCGAUGCCAUCCUCCUGGACGGAAGCUGCGUGGUCAAUGAAGGCAUGCUCACAGGUGAGAGUGUCCCGGUGACCAAGACCCCUUUGCCCCAAGCGGACAACGUCCAGCCCUGGAAGAAGCACAGCCUGGAGGACCACCGGCGCCACGUCCUCUUCUGCGGCACAGAGGUCAUCCAGACCAGGCCCAGCGGCAAAGGGCCGGCCAGAGCCGUCGUGCUGCAGACAGGUUUCAAUACGGCGAAAGGAGACCUGGUGCGGUCCAUCCUCUACCCGAAGCCCAUGAACUUCAGGCUCUACAAAGAGGCCUUCCUCUUCAUUGUUGGUCUGGUCAUCAUUGGGCUCAUAGGGCUGGUCUACGCAGCAGCCGUCUUUGGGAGCCGAGGGAGGCCUGUGUCGGACACCGUGGCCAUGGCCCUCCUCCUCCUGACAGUCGCUGUCCCUCCGGCCAUUCCGGCCGCCUUGACCACCGGCAUCGUCUACGCCCAGCGGAGGCUCAAGAAGAAGAAGAUCUUCUGCAUCAGCCCUCAAAGGAUCAACAUCUGCGGGCAGAUCAACAUGGUCUGCUUUGACAAGACCGGGACGUUGACGGAGGAUGGGCUUGAUCUCUGGGGGGCCAUCCCUUGCCAGGAACAGAGCUUCCUCCCCUUGCACAGCUUCUCCUCGGGCCCUCUGCCCUGGGGACCCCUGUGCCAAGCCAUGGCCACCUGCCACUCGCUCCUCUUCCUGGAGGGGAGGAUUCAGGGGGACCCCAUGGACCUCAAGAUGUUCGAAGGCACCGGAUGGGAGAUGCAAGAGGCCAGUUCGGAAGAGAAGGAAACGGGGGAGACGGAGGAAUUCACCAUUGUUAAACCAGGAGCCACUGCUUCACAGGCCCCGUCGGAAGGGAUGUCCAUCCUGCACCAGUUCCCCUUCUCCUCGUCUCUGCUGCGGAUGUCGGUCGUCACCAAAGAGCUGGGCAAGGACACCCACGGACUCUACAUGAAGGGAGCCCCCGAGACCGUGGCCAGCUUCUGCCACCCAAAGACUGUGCCCUCCUCCUUCCAAGAAGAGCUGAAGUCCUUCACGGCGCAGGGCUUCCGGGUAAUCGCUUUGGCCCACAAGGUGCUCUCCCUGGAUGCAGAGGACAGCCUCAGGGACCUGGACAGGGACGAGGUGGAGUCCGGCCUGACCCUCCUGGGCCUCCUGGUCAUGGAGAACCGGCUGAAGGGCGAGACCCGGCCUGUCCUGGAGGAGCUCAGGGACGCCCGCAUCCGGACUGUCAUGGUCACAGGUGACAACCUGGAGACGGCCGUCACGGUGGGCAGGAACUCUGGCAUGAUCCCUUUGGGAGACAGAGUCAUCCUGGUGGAAGCUGCAGAUUCUGAGGGCCCCCAACCGGCAUCUGUUACCUGGCAGGUGAUGGAGGACAUGCAGUCUUGCAAGGAGAAGAACCAGGAUCCUUGCAUUAGCAUUGAUGGCAGCAGCACCAGCUUCCACUUUGCUAUGAAUGGGAAGACCUUUCAGGUUCUCCAGAAGUACUUCAGCCCUUUGCUGCCAAAGAUUCUUGUGAAUGGGACCGUGUUUGCACGGAUGUCUCCAGGGCAGAAGUCCAGCCUGGUCGAGGAGUUCCAGAAACUGAAUUACUUUGUGGGGAUGUGUGGAGAUGGAGCCAAUGACUGUGGGGCCUUGAAGAUGGCUCACGCGGGGAUCUCCCUCUCGGAGCAGGAGGCCUCCGUGGCCUCGCCCUUCACCUCCCAAACCCCCAACAUCCAGUGCGUCCCGGAGCUCAUCCGGGAAGGCCGGGCAUCUCUGGUGUCCUCCUUUGCUGUUUUCAAAUACCUGACCAUUUAUGGGCUGACGCAGUUCAUCGGUACAGCCCUGCUUUACUGGCAACUGCAGAUCUUUGGGAACUACCAGUACCUCAUCCAAGACGUCUGCAUCACCCUCGUGGUCUGCCUCACAAUGAGCCUGACGGAGGCCUACCCCAAGCUGGCCCCCUACCGCCCCCCCGGGCGCCUCCUCUCCCCUUCGCUGCUGCUCUCCGUCUUCCUCAACGUCUGCUUCACUCUCGUCGUCCAGAUCUUCGCCUUCCUCUUCGUCAGGCAGCAGCCCUGGUACUCCCCGAUCCGCAGCCACAGGGGCUGUCCUUUAGGAAAUGAGCCCUUCCUCCUGGGCAAUGGGACGGGGAAUGCCACUGAGCCAGAGGACACAGUGCUGAGCUACGAAGACACCUCUCUCUGGCCAUUAGUGACCAUCUACUGCAUCAUCGUGGCCUUUGUCUUCUCCAAGGGGAAGCCCUUCAGGAAGCCCAUCUACACCAACUACAUCUUCUCCACCUUCCUCUGCAUCCAGCUGGGCCUGAGCCUGUUCCUCUUCUUUGCUGACAUCGAGGCCAUCUACAAGGGGCUGAUGCUGCUCUGCACCCCAACCAUCUGGAGGAUUUACAUCCUGAUCAUGUUGCUGGUCAAGUUUGGCGUCUCCUACUUUGUGGAGGAUGCCAUCUUGCAAAACCACCGCCUCUGGCUCUGGAUCAAGGCGCUCUUGCGGUUCCGUUCCUCCAGCAAAUACCGGAAGUUGCAGAGGCAGCUGCAGCGGGAUCCCUCUUGGCCUCCUUUGAACCAAAGGGACUUUGCCGAGGACAGGAAAGGCGAGGCCUACACCAACCCUGUCUUUGAAAACAGUGAAGGGGACUAGGCAGACGGAGCCUCUCAAGAGGUGGCUGGUGGAUCAGGACUGAAUAAUUUAUCUGUACAGGAUGUUAAUGGAACUUACAAUAGAAAUACAGAUCUGUGGAGAGCACUGUUACAAAGAAGAUCCUUGGAAAAGCUGGAAAUAAGCAGUGUUGGGGACUUCUGACCUGGAAAUGGCAUUGUGUGGUCAGCUGUGAUGAAGGACUGGCACUGGUCAUGGCCCUUGCUGUUGGCUAGCUGGCUACCAACAGGCAAGAAUGGCCUUUUUCGCCCACGAGCCCAGUUCCUGUUCCUGGCAUCCAAAAAACACAAGAGUGGACCAAGGAAGGACCACCUACCUGCCAGGGCUUGGCCACAGUUUGAAUGGUUUAAGUCACUGCCAAAAUGGAUUGCUAACUUGCACUUUGUGAUAAUAAAGUUGACUUUAUUUUUUCUCUAA